AUGGCAGCCACACUACGUUUGGAAGAGCCGCUGGAAAGGCAGACUGGAGAGCCGACGGGAAGGCUACCGAACGUGCACCCCAGCACUCGCCCCAGCACUCGGGAGCGCGGCUCGGCGCGGCCGUUGACGGCGCAGAGCCGGGCACAGAGCCGAGGGCAGAGCCGUGGCGCGGGAACGGCCAAAGCCAAGACGCCGCACUCCAUCCCUGGCAACGUGGGCUACUAUCAGCGCGCAGAGGUGAAGGGCCGAGUGAAGCAGCCCAAGUUGGACACCGACAUGGCCAAGCUCAAGGAGGACCUUUUUGCCUACUGUGAGGCCAGCAACUAUCGAGGGGUACGUGCCAUGGUCUCUCACUAUCCCUACCUUUUGGGCUUGACGGACGCUCACGGCUUGUCGGCGCUACACCAUGCAGUGAUGUCUGGAGAGCCUGCCUUCGUCUCGAAGGUCUUGCAACUCUACAGAGAUCCCAAGACCUUCUCCUUGAAGACCCUGAUUUACAGCACCGAGGAGGACGGUGUUUUUAGCUGGGAGCUCUUGAAAGAUAUGGAGCUUGGGGUGCAGGUGGCAGGUGGCAAGUCGACGGAGGAUAACGAGGCCACGGUGAAGGCUGUGGCCUCUGGGAGCAAGGCGGAAAGCGCUGGGCUGAUGCCCGGCGAUCGCCUUGAGGCCUGUAGCGGUGCCGGCUUCCUGAGCUAUCGACAACCGCCGCCCUUGCACAAGAACGUCCUCGAAUCCUUGAGGAGCAAGUACGUCUCCUCGUCCUUCGGCUUCCCAGUGACCUUAGAAUUCCGCGGGAACGCGGCGGUGGAGAUCUUAGCCAAAGAUGGCUGGACCCCGACACACAGCGCAGCAGGACGCGGUGCUCACGGGGACAAACAGAUCCUAUGGCUGCUGCUGAACGAGGAGGAAAAGGCCCAGAUGUCCAAAGAUAUCGCAGGAUGCACACCUCAACACUGGGUUCAUAUCGAGCAGCGGAUGAGACGGCGUUCCAACCGCCGGCCCUUGAGCGCGGGGCCCUGUGGUUCGAAGCGCCUCGCGUCCUUGGUGAAGAAGACCGGUGACAUCCGGUGA